GAAUUCUUCAGUGUCACUGAUGUUCAGGAAAAACGGGAAAAUGUUGAUCUGAGAAACACGCACUAUGGAGUAUAACAAUGGUGUGAAUAUUUCAGCAGGAAACAGGAUUCUCCGUACUUUUCUCUCUCUGAUGUGCUGUUUACUGAGUGCAGCUGGAGAUGAGAUGGUCACACUGCAGGAAGUGGAAGGAACCACUAUAACUCUCCAUACUGGGAUUACUGGAAUUCAGACUGAUGCUCAUAUAGUUUGGUUUAAUGGACCUGAGAAAGCAGAGAAAAAGAUAUUGAACAGUCAGAUGUUUAAAGGAGAAACUGUUACAGAAAUCAGUGAGAGAUUUAAAGAGAGACUGCAGCUGGACAGAACCAGUGGAGCUUUAACCAUCAGGAACAUCAGCAGGAACCAUUCUGGAGUUUAUUUAUUACAAGUCAUCACUGAAGAUCUCUCAUCUAGGACUUUUAGAGUCAGUGUUUAUGCUCCAGUAUCAACUCCAGUAAUAAAUCUAAGAGGAAAUAGAAGUCUGUUCUCCACAGAGUCGUGUUCCCUCUUGUGUUCUGUGGAGAAUGGAGAAGAUGUGAAAUUAUCCUGGUACAGAGAGAAUGAGAGAAUCUCCAUCACCAAUAACACAGAUCUCAGUGUUCCCCUCAAUCUCCCACUUCAAAUACAACACCAUGAGAAGAACACGUAUAUCUGUGUGUCUGCAAACCCUGUCAGCAAUAAAACUACUUCUCUCAGCAUCACACAGCUCUGUGUUCACAACUCAGGACAAUCUGAAGGUUCUCGUUCUCAGGUCCCUGUCCUGAUAUCUGCUGGAGUGUUUGUGUUAUUAAUAAUAUCUGUAUCUGUGGUGAUUUGGCUGAAAAAGAAAAAGCAACAAGUUCCUGAAAAAGCUGAAGGUCUGACCUACGCUGAUAUAACAGUUACAGCUCACAGCACAGAGAGAGUUCAAGAGGAAAAAAACUCAAGAAAAGCACAAGAUGAAACGGAGGAGGAGCCAGUGCUGUAUUCAGAAGUGAGGAGAUCAAAGUAAUUCAUCACAUCAAUAUAUCACUUUAUUAUUAUUAUUAUUAUUAUUAUUAUUAUUAUUAUUAUUAUAUAUAAAGUAUUUCCACAUGUACAGUGUGUAGAUUGUGUACAGUAACGUGAGCUUGGUUGUGGUUGAGAUCAGAGUUAGAUUGGAUUUCAGGCUGCAGUUGGAUUUAUUCCUUCAUUCUGAGUUUGAGAUAAAAGGAAGGAGAUUUCAGAGGAUUUGAACUGCGUCGUGUCUGAACGAGUGUUUCUGCUGCUCUCAUUAAAACCUGUUCACACCCUGAUGAAGAUCUGAUCUGAGCUGUGCUGAGAGAAAUCCUGUAGGGGUUCAGGCGUCUCUUCAGGCCUCAGUGUCUAAUAUUUGAAUAUUUACUGCUUUGACUAACAAACAUUAAAGUUCAUGUGCUAAAAAGUUCAGCUAAAAAGGAGUUCAGUAAAUCAGCAGCUCCAGUUUUCCAUCUGUUUACGCUUCUCACAUUACAGCACAUUGUUCAGAUCAGAUACACAUCCAGAGCUGUGUGUGUGUGUGUGUGUGUGUGUGUGUGUGUGGUAUAUUAGUCAGCAUUGUAUUUACUCCUCACAUGAACACGUGACUGUAGAUCCUGAAAAACCUGAUCAUGUCUUUGUUCAUGAAACUCUGUUGAUCCUCUCAGUGUGUGUAGAUCAAACAAACACCUUCAGGACUUGAAAAUGUAAAAUAUGAGUGACGUGUGUAGUGUUUUAUUUCUAAUAAAAAUGUACAGGUGGAAAUUCCUCUUUUGAUCUUUUGUGUUUUAUGAAACAUUAAAACGCUGAGAUUCUGCACAAUUUCAUGA